ACCGUCAACGGGGCGACCAUUAUUUCUUUGCACGCAACCACACAACGGUGGUGGCAGGAAAAAACUACAACGCAGCCAACACAAAAGACUUUUUUCUUAUUUAGCUACAAAGCGUAUAAACGUAGGGAAUAAUGGCUUCGGCUGGGAAUAAUGGAUCCGUUGGCAAGUGGGAAGUGGUAAAGAAAAGCAAAAAGCAGAACAGUGGAAAGAAUCAGUCUGACAAGAAAUCGGGAGCAAGGAAAGCCCUGAGCGAGUCUAACCUGCCCAGGAUUGACCCGGCUUCGCCGUUGAAGAUGUCGGAAACGAUCUUCGAGGGCUUUGAGAAGAUAGCAAAGAAACAGAACAAGGAGCAGGUCCCCCCAGCUCCAAGCCCAGAGCAGCAGCAGAAGAAGGCCAGCGCUGGGAAGCAACACAAGAAGUCCUCAGCCAACGGCAGCGGACAGAGGCCAGCCCAGUUUAAAACGCUGGAGGAGGCCAUGAAGGCACUUGACAUUUCAGAGCUACAGCAGCAGCUGGAGAAGAGUCAGAGCCUGUUUCCAGAGAACCCUUCAGUGUGGGUGAAGGACCUGGCUGGGUACCUCAACUACAAGCUCCUGGCCCCAGAAGGGGACCCAACUCUCAGCAGCCACACUCAUGAUUACCCCUACUGCCUGGCCCCGAAGGAGCUGAAGAGCAUCAUUAAGAGUCUGCUGGCCAAGUGCAGUGACACUCUGCAGGACUUCUUCGAUCACUGCAUUUACACCAUGCUGCGGGAGCUGGACAAACCCUCAGGUGAACCGCUGCAUGGCUACAGGAUCUGUAUUCAAGCCGUAAUGCUGGACAAACCCAAAAUAGCCACGUUGAACUUGGCGGAUCACCUGGAACUGCUGCGCUCUCAUCAGAACCGGCCAGUGAAGUGCCUUACCAUCAUGUGGGCUUUGGGUCAGGUGGGCUUCUUUGACCUCAGCCAGGGGCUCAGAGUGUGGCUUGGCAUCAUGCUCCCAGUUCUCGGUGUUAAAUCCCUGUCAUCCUACGCCAUUGCAUAUCUGGAAAGACUUCUCAUGUUACACGCCAACUUAACAAAAGGCUUCGGUAUCAUGGGACCAAAGGAGUUUUUCCCCCUGCUGGACUUUGCCUAUAUGCCUAAAAAUGCACUAUCCUCCAGUCUGCAGGAGCAGCUGCGAGGUCUUUACCCACGUCUGAAGGUGCUGGCGUUUGGAGCCAAGCCUGAGGCCACCCUGCACACCUACUUCCCUUCCUUCCUGUCCAGAGCCACUCCGCACUGCCCCGAUGACAUGAAGAGAGAGCUCCUCAACAGUAUGACGGAGUGCCUGUCUGUGGACCCCCAGAGCUUGGGCGUGUGGAGGCAGCUGUACACAAAGCACCUGCCGCAGUCCAGCCUUCUUCUAAAUAAUCUCCUUAAAUCCUGGAACACUUUACCACCAAAGCUUCGCAAAAAUCUUCAGGAGACUGUCCAGUCUUUCAAAGUGACCAAUGAGGAGAUGAGGACGUCUGCCAGUUCCCAGGAGGUGCAGGAGUGCAAUGAUCUGUGCAACAGCCUACAGAUGAAGAUGAAGGGCCAGGGCUUCCCCUGGUCACGUCUGCUGCUGGCUAUGAUGGUGUUUGCUACGGGCUUCAUCGUCCAUGAUGUCAGAUCCCACGGCUCCUUCAAAGCCUCUACCACAGCAAAUUACCUGCAGCAGUCAGGAUUGAUGUCAGUCUCACAGCAGGCCUGGAGCAAAGUUUCCCACUACUCUCAGGAGGGGUUCAGUUGGUUGGAAACGAAUGCUCCAUAUUACUACUCGGAGGCAGUCACUGCUGUCGGACCUGUAUUGGAAGUUGCUUGGGAAAAGACGAAAGUCACCUGUGUCUUCAUUGUGGAGCAGUGCUCAGACUUAAUUGUAUGGGUCAAAGAAAAUACUCCUCGGUUUAUUGAAUGGCUCAAUGCUAACAUCCCGGACAGCGUGUUUCAAUUCCUUGAAUAUAUGAAGGAGCUUCUGUUGUUUAUCCAUCAAAAUUAUCUCCUGCCAUCUAUGAUGUAUGUUAAAGCAUCACUGGAACAUGCGUGGCAGAUGUUUGUAGAUUCCUGCAAUGGGGAAGUAUCGCUACACUGUGUUCAAAACCACGUGAUAACCAUUACCAAUUCCACCUGGACGUAUAUGCAGGACACCACUGUGGCCAUUAAAAACUGGGCCGUUGAACUGAUGUCCAGGUCGUGAGAAGUGCGUGAAGCACUCACUCAGAGACUGUAUUCGCUUGUGUUCGCCCGACCAGGGACUAAAACCACCUGCGCUUUUUAAAAAUGAUGGCUUAAAGAAGGAAGAUGGAGAAGACACUUGUAAAAGACUUUUUUUUUCUUUUGUCAAAUUGCAUGAAAUUUUAUAUCACACUUAUUUUCUACCGAAAGCUGUAUCAUGUUUGGAUGCACAGACAUUUUUCCUUUUUUUACAGGAGUAUUGAGGUUUAUAAAGAAACCAGUAUUAUAUCAAAAUUAAUUGCCAAAUGGGAACAAGCUGGAACCCUGUUACCAGCUUCCAGCCAGUCUGCUUUUAAGAUACACAUUGAAGAUAUAUGUUUUAGGUUGUUUUCCUGAUAUUGCUGGACUAAAAAUGAAAAUGCUUUAACACAGAACAGUUAAAACCUAUCCUCCAUGGUGGGUUAGGUGUUUUGAAUGACCGCAGUUUUGGAAGCUGGUUACCUGGUCUGCUCCCAUCUCCACAUCCAAAUUCCUUAAAUUCUCUUUUUUAUCGUAUUUGUGUAUUCCCAUUGUGAAAGAGCACUGGACUAUGGAUUACUACUGCUGCUUAAUAUUAUAUAUUUUACUUGAACAUCAAUUCUUUUCUGUCGUAGGGCGAUUCAGUGACGAUUGACCUACCUCUGUGCGGUUUAGUAGAUGUAGGCUUAUGCUCCUCUCCCGAGUCCCUGCAUAGAGCUCCCAGAGCGUACGCAGCCCUGACCUUCGCCCACCCCCCUGCCGUUUCUCUGCCAUGGCACGCUGUCUCUGGAGAGGAGUAGUCCGUGGAUUUCACGGAACAGUGGAAUGAACGAUUUAAAUUCAAGGCUUGUAAGAGGGGCUUGUAUGAGCUACUCUGUUUAAAAACCAAUAAACAUUUGAAAUUUGGAAUAUCAGCCUGAAGGGUGAACCAAUUUGUGACUUUGUAUUAUGUAAGAUGUUUAUAAAUAAAGACUGUUCA